ACAUAUUAUUCAUCGUAUGCAGUACCCGGUUGGUAGUAGUGUAAUAUAUCAGUGGGAAUUUGUAUAAAGAUUAUGUGCCAUUUUUGAAAAAUUGUUCACGUGAUUUUUCGGACUAUAUUGUGUUUUUAUCAAAAUAUGGGAAAACGGUUUAGAGCAGGAGGAAGAGAUUGUGGGUGUGGUAUAGGCAUAGGAUGUGGAUGUGGCUGUUGCGGAAGUGGACCUUUUGCUAGAUUCUCUCUACUCCUAUUCAACACUAUUUUUCUGAUUUCCGGUUUAACAUUUGUCGGACUCGGAAUAUGGGUGAAAGUGGAGAAAAAUUUUGUUAGCUUGCAAGACCUGGUGGAUCACGGAGCAGGUGACAGCACAUUGAGCAACGCUGGCUCAGUGCUUAUAGGAUUUGGGUUUUUUGUGGCAGUUGUCAGUGCGUUAGGGUGUCUCGCUGUGUGCUGUUCCAAAAAGAAAGCCAUAAUCUCAGUGUACACACUCCUUCUCAUUGUGAUAUUUUGCUGUGGAAUAGCAGCCUCAAUUAUAUAUGGUGUCUUCAGAGGCAAGAUAGAUGAUACCCUAUCAAAUGCACUCACAAAAACAGUAAAAUCAUAUAAAUUAGAAAGCGAAUACACCAAAGACUGGGAUUACGUGCAGACUUGGAUGAAAUGUUGUGGAUCUACCGGACCUAAAGACUAUAAGGAUGUCAAAUUCCAGGAGCCGAGUAAGUACGUUCCAGAGACGUGUUGUGUUUUGACCAACAACGAUCCCGAACAACCAAAACCACGAAACGGUACACAGUGUCAGAUGGACGCACAACAAUAUCUCGAAGGAAAUAUCACAACUUCACAAGUUCUUCAAACAAUUGGAUGCUACCAAAGUCUUGAAGACAUCAUCGAUGCCCACCUUGCGGUGAUAAUAGGUGUAGGUGUUGCAAUAGCCACACUUCAAUUGCUUGGAAUUUGCUUGGCCAUAGGUAUAUGUUUGGAGACGUCGGAUCGGUAAGACCCCAGUGAUAGACAAAGUUAUAGCCUAAGGACACAUUUCUACCAGCAUCUCACAACGAAUGUCAAAACGAUAAAAAAAAACUUCAAGCCAGGCUAUGAAACGGUGUACAAAAAUACGACAUAGAAGAUUUAAAUUAAAUCUCCAUCAUUCAUUUGUUUGAUAGAAAAAAAAAUGUAAAAACGUGAAGUUUGUCUUUUAAAAGUGACGUUUCCAUGGCAACGUGAGCACAGUGAAAUAGCUAGCCAAUAUACUGCUGGACCCGAAGAUACUUUAGAUGUUUUUGAACUGCAUAUAAACAUUUAUUCUUUCUUUCCUUUUUUACGAGCAAUUAUGCUAAAUUACACGAUAAUCAAUAUGUCUAGGUAUACACAAGAUUAUAAACGUAUGAAUUUUGUCACUCCCAUUACUAUACAUUUUGUGAUGUUAUACCGGUAUGUACAUGUAUUUUGAACACUAUAACUUCUCAUAUUGACAUUGUCGUCUGUAGUAUGCUUAUUGAUGUUUUGUUUAUAGCUAACAAUUUAUUAUUAAAAAUAAAGAUUUUAUCGUAUACCUUUAGACAACUGACCUUUAUUUAAUAUCAAAACUAAAUCAUUGCUUUUUCCUAACAAAAAGACAGAGGUAAUAAGUUAAUAAAUAAUAAAUUUUGGUCAAAUACAA